GAAAGUAGAAAAUUGAAAGUUGAAAGUAAAAUUAAAUUUUAAAAAAAAAAAGUAUAAAAUUUUAUAAAUUUUUUAAAAAAGGAGGUGUACUUAUAACAAAAAGGAGGUGUAUAUAUCAUGAGCCAUGAUUCAAAGUAAUAAUGGGCUCACACAGCACAGACGAUGGAUUUGGACUUCGUAAUAGCCUAAGACGACCCAUAAAUUAUCCAACUUUUUCAGGCCCACCAUAUGGACACCCUCUUUUUAUUUUAUCUUCACACGGCUGCACAACAUAAUGAAAAUUGUAUCGAAAACACAAAAAGAAAAUAACAAAUACAAUGUUAUGAGACAAUAAUCAUUAGAAACGCAAAAGCUCACAUAGAAAAGAUGAUGAAAGACGAUAAAAGAAAUAUACGUAAUUAUAGAAUAAAAUUAAUGCAUUACUUCAAAUUGAUUGGUUAGAAAUUGUAAAUAUUCAGCCAUUACCAAUCUAGAAAUCGAAUCUAUUCAAUAUUUAAUAUAAAUAAAAUUUAAUUAUCACACAGUAAUCGCCUAAAGGUUUUUACAAUAAAAAAAAAAUGAAAAUUUGUAACUAAAAUAAUUGUUAACUUAUUAUAUAUAAUAUUUUAUAUUGAUAACAAUACAACAAAUAUUUACAUUAUUAAUGUAUUUUAAUUAAAUUCACAAAAACAAGGUUAGUCUCUUGUUGAACCACACAAAGUCACAACUAUUCAAUGAUCGAGAUAUAAAAUGAUUAUUGGAAUUUUCAGGACUAAAGUAACUAAAUAAGUGACUUUUUUUUUUUUUCAUUCGCUAGUGCUUCUAAACAUAAUUGAUGGAUCAUGGUAUUCCUUUUCCUUCUCGCAUUGCUAUUCGAAAUCUAUGGCCCAAAUCUUUAGCCCACGAGACCCACUCAUUCUCAUCCUUCAUCUCAGUCUCACAGGACCCAAUUCAAAGCAAGCUUCAAAAUCUCUUUAUUUCCUUUAUAUUGAGCAUGGUGAUUUAGUAAAGCUAGAACUUUUGUGCUGAGUAAAAUUUGGGGCUGCAACAAGUUGAAGCCUCUACCAGUCUUACUUGCCUUUGUUUCCUGUCGCUGGUAACUCACUUUUUCUUUCCGUCGCACGUUCUUUAUUUGCUUGGGGUUUAAAUAGUGUUGGAUUGUGUUUAAUACUCGUUUCAUUUUUCACAUCGUUGUGUAAAUUGACCUGGACCCAAUCCUAGUGAAAAUGUUGCUAAUAUAUCAUGGUUGGUUCUCUCAAAUUAAGUUGCUCAGGAUGUGUUUGACAGAAUGUCUCCCUUACCUUUCUGGUUUAGUUGGAACACUUUGUCUAAUUUCACUCUCCACAUUGCUUCUGCUGUUAAUAAUUGGUCAAAAAGCAUCAAAUAUAUGGACGAAAAUAUGAAAGGAGUUUGCUGAUGCGAAAAAGUUUUUUUUUUUUUUUUUAAAAAGUCUACAAAAUAAAAAAUAUAAUAUAAUCAAAUUAUAUUAAAAAAAUAAUUAUAUAUAUAUAUAGAGAGAGAGAGGGGAUUCACUUAUUUCAAAAGUAAACUUAUUUCAUUCAAUAAUUUAUGUUUUACAUAAAUUUCAACGAUCUAAUUGUAUUAAAGAUCUCACAUCAAUUACGAAUAAGGUCACAAUAAUAUAUAUAAAUGGGUAACAAUUCUUAUCUUCUAAGUUAAUUUUGUAAGAUUGAGUUAUAUUAUUAACAUACUUUCUUAAAAUGUUAUCGGAGCAUAUCAUAAUUUAUAUUCUAGCAAUUUUUUAGUGGGCUUGUCAAGCCACCCCCUAUUAGAGUUAUCAAACCACUCGCAGAUGUCCAAUCCUACAAACUUGACAUGUGAGAUGUCUAGUCCUCGGUGUGAAGGGUGCUGUUGAAGAUCUCACAUCAAUUAAGAAUAAGACUAUAAUAGUAUAUAUAAAUGGAGAGCAAUCCUCUUUCACACUACAAGCCACUUUCUUAAGAAAUUGUCAAAUUAAAAGUUUUUAAUACAUAGAUAAGUUUGAAAAGUUUUAAAAUUAUUUAAUAUUUAAAUUAUUAAAAUUUAAUUUAGAACAUGAAUUAUUAAAUAAAAUAAGUGAAUCCCUUCUCUCUAUGUAUAAUAUCAUACGGGAUAUUUUUUGAGGGCUAGUGGAAGAAUUUUUUGGAGUAUAGAGACAAAUUGCCUUACAUCAGAAACGUGAUUAAGUUCCAUGGAAGAAGAGCAACAAUACUCUGGAAGUGGUGAAGAAUCACAGUCACGGGAACUGGAUGGAGAAGAUCAAAAGCUGCAGCAUCACUACCAACUACCUGGAGCUGAAGAGAAACUUGUAUUACAGUUCAUGGAUUCGAUGCAUAACUACCUAUCUCUAUUUGAUGAAGUGUCCUCUGCACUUCGACAGCAGGGAUGGUUUGACCUAGCGAGUGCCCGACAUUCCAUGGGUGCUUCUCGCAUUAAUAGUUCUUUAUUGGACCUGAAAUUCCAUCCAGCUGCUACAACAUUGAAGAUAACCAACUGUGAUGGUACACAGCCACACUUCAUGUUGCGUAAAUGGGUAUCCUCUGAACAUGAGAGUACUCAGUUAGAAGAUGAGCAUGUGCAGCUUCAAGAUAUUAGUGUGAAAUCUUCUGGACUUGCAGAUAAUGAUGAAUUUCAAAAGGAGCGAUCCAAGUCCUUGUCAGUUUUUGGAGUUUUAAUUUCCCCAAAACUUCGAGCCUCCCAGCUGUCAUUUGAGAGAGCACUAGAGACACUAAUAGAAAUAGCUAAUAUGCGAUCGUCAUUGUUAUAUUCUUUUCACCAACUUCAAAAGGCGGAAGAUACCAAAGAAUGAUAAAGUACCGGCUCCUUCAGUUGCAUAUCAAGACUAUGGUAUUGUAUUUGUAUUGACAUUUGACACGUCAGAUAUUAUUCAACAUGUAUCAUGAACAAUGAUGAAAACAAAUGUGACACAUACUUAGAUAAAAUUUUACUUUAAUUCCCUGCGGCAUAAUGCGUUUUAUUAUAGAUUUUACUCCCUUUUUAUUUGACAUUCAGACCCCUUUGUUUAAAAUCGAACAAAAUUAGUGUUUUCUAUAGGAACUAGGUGUGCCGUUAUAUAACGCCAGUCACCGGGUGUCUAUUUUCGAAUGUGAUAUUUUUAAUACCUGAAGAUCAAAAUGUAUUCACCAAAAUGUUAAUAUCUUGAUUAUCAUGGGGGUGUUAGUGUCAAAAUAAAUUACUGCGGUUGACAAACUGUCAAUAUCAUUAGGGGUGACAUAAUUUUCCUAUGUAAAAUUCUCUUAAUUGGGGUCAAAAGCUUUUAUCUUCCCCCUCACCUAAUGGUGGGAGGAGAGACAGGGAGAAAGUAAAAACAAUCGGUUUAGAAUAUAGUUAGUUAUUGAUUUAGUAACGAUUUAACGAGGAAUUCGUGAAGAUGAGUUUUGAUUUUGUUUUUU